UAAAACGUAUAUCGCAAAGUAAAAAUGGAAUACAAGUGGGAAAGAGAAGCAGUGGAAAAGCUUAUAAUAUAUGUGCAAGAAAAUACUUGCUUAUAUAAUGUUCGCUCCAGUGAGUAUAUGGAUCGAGGCAAAAAAGCGUCAGAAUUUACCGAUAUCCAUAAAAAAUUGGAAACGGAAAUGUUUGGCGUCUCACUGGACGAUGUUAAAAAAAAAUGGAAAAACCUCCGUAGCCAGUAUAUGAGGGAGCUACGUAUACAGAAAAACUCCAAAAAAAGUGGAAGUGGAGUAAAUGAUUUAUACGAAGCAAAGCUUUGGUGCUUUGACCAGUUAUCGUUCCUUGAAGGCCAUGUUGCAACUAGGCAGAGCCAAGACAAUACUGAGAUGCCUUCUUCGAGUAACUCAAGUAAUUUAAGUACAGCAAACAGCACAGAAACCGGUAGCUCGAGUGUGAAUGAUGAGCCACUGAAAAAACGAAAAAAGAAAAGCAACCAGUUCGCUGAUGUGCAACAGGAGCUGUCAGAAUUUAGGUCUAUGCUCGAAAAUAAACAACAAAAUGGCAGAAAAUACACAUGGUUGGGAGCUUUGGUUUCCAACCAAAUGGAUGAGAUAGAUCCUGAUGAACAGCAGGACGCCGCUUGGGAAAUCCAAUCAGUGAUAAAAAAAUAUAUAGGAAAAUCUCAGCAAAAGCGUAGCACUCCAGCAUCAAACAGAACGUCUUCAUCGUCAGACAAGGAUCUGUUGCAGCUAUCCAUGGAGGGAGUUUUUGACGGAGAAGAUUUUUCCGAAUAA